AUGAUCAUACACUUCCGACAACUCAUUUUGUUGAUUUUAAUUACAAUUUGUAGCUGUAGUCAACAGUUACUCAAUUUUAUUCGUACCGAACGAGCUGCUGUUUAUCAGAGUCAUUCAGUUCCACCGCAAUCAUUUUUAUUUAUUAAUGGUUCAGUGCCAAUGCCAAAAGAAGCAGUUCGACCUUUUGAAAGGUCACUUCGAGAUGGCACAGCGACAAUUGAUGUAGCUGUUGCCUUAUGGAUUCCAGGAGCUGGUAUCCCCGCCAUUUGGGGUCGAGCUUGGGAAGAAAAUGGUGGAACGCAAGCUCUAUUUAUUUUUGGUGAUAAGGUGAAAGUUUUAAAGAGAGGUUUUCGACUAUUAAUUUACAGUGGUUCACCAGACACUAAUGGAUUCAAGUAA